GUAUUGUGAAAACUGAUUACUCAUUGACUCAAAGCUUUCAAUUAGUUUGUGUUGAGUUUGCAUUGAAUUGUCUUCAGUUGUCUUGAGUUGACCACAAAUUGUCUGCAAUGUCUGGACGUUAUGAUCGCGCCAUCACUGUCUUCUCACCCGACGGGCAUCUGUUCCAAGUAGAGUACGCUCAGGAGGCCGUCAAGAAAGGAUCCACUGCUGUUGGCGUUCGCGGCAAAGAGAUUGUCGUUUUGGCCGUCGAGAAGAAGUCUGUCGCCAAACUCCAAGAGGAGAGGACUGUCCGCAAGAUAUGUCUUCUGGACGAUCACGUGGUGAUGGCUUUUGCCGGACUGACAGCCGACGCGAGAAUACUGAUAGACAGGGCUCGGGUGGAGUGUCAGAGCCAUAAGCUGACCGUUGAAGACCCGGUUACUCUUGAAUACAUCACUCGAUUCAUCGCUCAGUUGAAGCAGAAGUACACGCAAUCCAACGGCAGGCGACCCUUCGGUAUAUCGGCACUCAUUGCCGGCUUCGACGAAGACCUCACUCCCAGACUCUUCCAAACGGAUCCCUCAGGUGUGUAUCACGAAUGGAAAGCCAACGCCACCGGAAGGAGCGCUAAGACUGUGAGGGAAUUCUUGGAGAAGAACUACUCGACAGAAAUCGCUGAAUCAAAAGAGGCGACCAUUAAGUUGGCGAUUAAGGCGUUGCUGGAAGUGGUUCAGGGAAAGAACCUCGAAGUCGCCAAAAUGGAAAAGGGAUCCAAAAUGUCGUUACUGUCGGCCGAAGAGAUCGACAAAUACGUGACGAUUAUUGAGAAGGAAAAGGAAGAGGAGAUGGAGAAGAAGAAGGCCAAGAAGUGAUGACAUGUGGUGUCGAGUGGAGACAUGUUUGACAUGUUUUUUAUUGAUUAUUACAAAAAUUGUAUUUAAUUUGAAGCCAAUAAUUAAAACGAUUUCUUUUUUUUUAUUAAUUAA